CUCUCUUUCUUUUUUCUAUUCUUCUAUAUCAUCUUGAAAAUUUAUAUUAUAUCAUGUCGUUAGCGCCAGUACAGAUUUUCCAAGAUCAAGCAACUGAAGAAAGAGCUGAAAAUGCUCGUUUGUCUUCUUUCAUUGGUGCUAUUGCUGUUGGUGAUCUUGUCAAAAGUACCUUGGGACCUAAAGGCAUGGAUAAAAUUCUUCAAUCAGCAAGUACUGGUGAAAUCCUUGUAACUAAUGAUGGUGCUACUAUUCUCAAGUCCAUUGCUUUAGAUAAUGCUGCUGCCAAGGUAUUGGUGAACAUCUCUAAAGUACAAGAUGAUGAAGUAGGUGAUGGUACUACAUCUGUUUGUGUUCUUGCUGCUGAAUUAUUACGUGAAGCUGAACGGUUGGUCAAUCAACGUAUUCAUCCUCAAACAAUUAUCGAAGGUUACCGUAUUGCCUCUCAAGCUGCAUAUGAUACAUUAGCUGCUAGUGCCAUUGAUCAUAGUCAAGAUAAAGCCUUAUUCCGUCAAGAUUUGAUCAAUAUUGCCAAAACUACUCUUAGUUCCAAAGUAUUAUCUCAAGACAAGGAAUACUUCUCUGAAUUGGCUGUAGAUGCUGUUUUACGUUUGAAAGGUUCUACUAAUUUGGAAAACAUUCAAAUUAUCAAGAAACCUGGUGGUAAAUUGAUGGAUUCUUACUUGGACGAAGGUUUUAUUUUGGACAAGAAGAUUGGUGUGAAUUGCCCUAAACGAAUCGAAAAUGCAAACAUCUUGAUUGCCAAUACACCCAUGGAUACCGAUAAGAUCAAGAUAUUUGGUGCUCGAGUUCGUGUAGAUAGUACUGGAAAACUUGCAGAAUUGGAACGUGCUGAACGUGACAAAAUGAAGGCAAAGGUGGAAAAAAUCAAGGCACAUGGAAUUAACUGUUUUGUUAAUCGUCAACUUAUUUACAACUGGCCUGAACAAUUGAUGGCUGAUGCUAAUAUUGCAAGCAUCGAACAUGCUGAUUUCGAAGGGGUGGAAAGAUUGGCUCUUGUUACUGGUGGUGAAAUUGCAUCUACAUUUGAACAUCCUGAAUUAGUCAAAUUGGGACAUUGUGAUCUCAUUGAAGAAAUCAUCAUUGGUGAAGAUAAGUUGAUUAAAUUUUCUGGAGUGGCUGCUGGUGAAGCCUGUACUAUCGUUCUACGUGGUGCCACACAACAAAUUUUGGAUGAAGCUGAACGUUCUUUACAUGAUGCUCUUUCUGUAUUGUCACAAACUGUCAAAGAACCUCGUACUGUUCUAGGUGGUGGAUGCUCUGAAAUGUUGAUGUCUAAGGCUGUGGAUGAAGUCGCUACUAAGAUUGCUGGAAAGCAAGCCAUUGCUGCUGAAGCUUUUGCCAAGGCUUUACGUCAAAUGCCCACUAUUUUGGCCGAUAAUGCUGGUUUCGACUCCUCAGAAUUGGUUGCUCAAUUACGUGCUGCUCAAUACAAGGGUGACGCUACUGCUGGUUUAGAUAUGGUGAAUGGUGUAGUAGCUAAUGUUCGAGAAUUAGGUAUUACUGAAUCAUUCAAACUUAAGAAACAAGUUCUUUUGUCUGCCUCUGAAGCUGCCGAAAUGAUUCUUCGUGUAGAUGAUAUCAUUCGAUGUGCCCCUCGACAAAGACAAGGUUGAAGCAAUUUAUGAAUUCCCUCUUCUCCUUUUCCUUAGUUUAUUUUUAUUAUUAUUUUCUUUUCUUUUUUUUUUUUUUUUUGUUAGCUG